AUGUCAACGUCCCCGGCUACUGAUGUAAUUCGUGUGGGGAAGUAUAAAGGAAAGCACUUCAAUGAAAUAGAAGACAAUAGCUACAAGCAGUGGGUGCUCUCUCUUCAAGACUGUUCCGGUUCGCUACUGGCCUUUCAGACCUGGUUGAAGGAGAAGAGUAAUACUGGAGACGGGCCAGAAGGAAGAAAGAGGUUCGCCUCUGAACUUGCCACAGCGCAUGGUGACCUAGCGCCAGCACCGGCAUACAAUAAACGUUCCAGACUAUCGGAGUUCCUGGAUGACGAUAUGGACGAGUUGCUGGUCUUUGACGCACCAGAUAAAGGCGAGGUGAUUACGUCUCCAACCAAGACGUCAUUUGAGGUUCGAGGUUCGCUGGAUGGUCGAGCAUCACUUGAGCGCCGAGGUUCGCUGGAUGGUCGUGGUUCGUUGGAUAUCUUACAGGACGAGUUGGAUGAAUGCGGUAUCAAAAGAGAUUGGGAUGAAGGAGGCCAGGGUGGGUCUCACGGUCGUGGCGGGGGCGGGUCCCAGAGUCGUGGCGGUAUGCUUGAAUCGUCUAGCGAGCCAGUUGUGACCUUUAAUGGUAAGAUGGUAUUGGAAGUUGCCACUCCUCAGCAUUUUCGUCUCCUGUUGUUGGAAUCUGGUCGAAAGGGAUACAGCACGUUUUUACCGAGUCCGUUGUGGAACUUACUAUGUCGCUACCGCACAGUUCCAGGAGGCCAGAGCGGCGAGAAUUUGCCGGGUGGGGUGUUGAUAGAUCAAGACAACUAUGACGAAGUGGCCAAGUUGUUGGCGGCCAAGGUACGAGGUGCCCAGUUGGAGACGAUUCCGUCAUUCGUGCAGCUUUGUUUCCCCGGUUUGCGACCGUGUGCACCUUCCACACGAUUGCCGGUGCGGAGUGCGAACAUUAUUUGUGGACUGAAUUCACCGAAGACCCGAGAGGUGGUGGAGUCUACACGAGACUUGCAUGGGCGUAUCGGUGUCUUAUUGAUGCGUGAAUUAAAGCCGUUCCAGGUGGAGGGAGUUAUAUGGGGUGUUUCAAGGAAUGGUCGUUGUUUGAUUGGUGAUGAAAUGGGAUUGGGUAAAACGCUCCAGGCUCUGAGUAUUGUGGCGGUGUACCAUGACGAAUGGCCUGUGUUGGUGGUAUGCCCGAGUUCCAUCCGAUUCCAGUGGAAGGACCAAGCCAAGAGGUGGCUCGGUCAUUGCUUCAGUAAACCAGACGAUGAGAUCGUGGUCGUCCGAAAUGGACGCACGUCUAUCCCUACAGGGGCGCGUAUGAUAAUCACCAGCUACGAACUUCUCGUACGAGCGGACUGUCUCAAACAUGGCUUCAAGGUAAUCAUUUGUGAUGAAAGUCACUACUUGAAGAAUAUCAACGCCAAAAGAAGCCGCACUCUAGUACCCAUGCUACAGACAGCUAAAAGGGCCAUACUACUAUCGGGCACACCUGCACUGAAUAAUCCUAUCGAGCUGUAUCAACAAUUCAACGCCGUCGUUCCUGACGUUGUGAAGUAUGACGUGUUCGCGAACCGGUACUGUGAGAAAAAAAGAAAUCCAUGGAGCAAACGUAUGGAGUACUCUGGGGCGAAGCUGCCGUUGGAGCUGAACGUAUUACUAACCCAAAGUAUUAUGAUUCGGCGUCUUAAGAAGGACGUCCAAAAAGAACUGCCCGAGAAACUCCGGUCUUGUAUACCUGUGGAAACAGAUCAGGCCAUCGUGGGCAAAAUCCAAGAAUUGCUGGAGAGCAGUAAGAAACAGGUGGAAGUGUCGCCUGAAACAGACCAGGAACGCCCUUGGCCGGAACAAAAUGUUAUUGGAGAAGCUUUCCGAUUGACUGGAGAAGCCAAAGUCAAUGCUGUCUGUGACUAUCUAGAUUACAUGCUUACGGUCGAGCCAAGAUUCCUAGUCUUUGCGCAUCACCGUGUUGUCAUGGAUGCCUUGGAAUUACGCCUGAAACAACACAAAGCCUCCUACAUUCGAGUCGACGGGAGCACUCCUCAAAAUCAACGGGACGGCUUAAUACGGAAAUUUCAAGAAGAGAAGAAAGCCGACGUAGCAUUACUUUCCAUCACGGCUUGCGGUCACGGCCUAAACUUAACUACCGUCAAUACGGCUGUAUUUGCAGAGUUGUAUUGGGUACCCGGACAGAUGAUACAAGCAGAAGAUAGGAUACACCGCAUGGGCUCAACCUAUUCUACGGUUAACGUACAUUACUGCAUAGCAGAAAACACGUUAGAUGAUACGGUCUGGAAAACACUCAUAAGAAAAUGGGAGGGAGUCACUACCACUCUCAACGGGGUACGAGAGCAACUAGCGUUCGAUAACCAUUUUGGCGAAGAACCCAUAUUCUGA